UUGACAUUUCGUAUUUCUAUUGUUGAUUUUGAAUUUUUAAAUGUGAUGUGAUAAACUUGAUCUCUGUGAUUACUAAAAUAUUCAAGCAAUGGCUUUGAUAAUUAAAUAUAUAGUAGCCUGUUUAGUAAGAUAUUGGCUUAUUCACACGGACUAUUGGCAAACGAUAGCAAAUAGAGUAGAGAUAGCGACGCCGCUGAACUCUUGGAAGAGGUUAAUUGAGGGUGUUCAUUUGUACGACAAUGGAAUAAACCCGUAUGAAGGGGACUCCUUCCACGAGUCUCCAAUAAUGCUCAUUUUAUUCCACUUUCUGCUAAAAAAAGUACCCUAUUUAUUACCAGUUAUUUUUGUUGUCUUGGACGCUUUAACCGCUCACAUUCUGUACAAGGCAUCGAAAGUAUUCAUACAAAUAUUUAAAGAAUCACAAGAAAGGGGGAAGGCAGACGUUGUGGAAGAAUCAAAGAACAUGCUUCUGAAUGAAUCACAGCUGAAUGAGGUCCCUUAUUACGUUCUUUCUGUGUAUUUAUUCAAUCCGUAUUCUGUUUUGAACUGUGUCGGCAUGACUACUACGGUUGUACAGAAUUUGCUGCUAGCUGUAUCCCUGUGGGCAGCCUCGAGUGGUCAAAGGGUUAUGGCUUGUGUGUUUAUUGCUCUGGCCACCCACCAAGCCCUUUAUCCUAUUCUGCUAGUAGUGCCAAUUUCUAUUUUAGUAGCAAAUGUCAAUCAAGGGUGCAACAAAUGCUCAUAUAUAAGAACACUUUUAGGAUUUGUAUUGUGUUGGGGAUUCUGUAUAUUUAUAUCUGCAUACAUAAUGGAUGGAUCAUACGACUAUUUCUAUAACACAUAUGGAUUUAUAUUAUCAGUGCCAGAUCUAAAACCAAAUAUAGGCCUCUUCUGGUAUUUCUUUACAGAGAUGUUUGAGCACUUCCGAUUACUUUUUGUGUGUGCAUUUCAAAUCAAUGCAUUGGCUCUGUAUGUUGUACCACUAACACUGAGAUUUCACAAAGAACCAGUACUACUAGCUACAGUUCUUAUUGCACUAUCUACAAUAUUCAGGUCAUAUCCAUGUAUUGGAGAUGUUGGAUUCUACUUGGCACUAUUACCUUUAUGGAAACAUUUGUUCUCAUUUAUGCAGCAAAAAUUUAUUGUAGCCUGCACUUUUAUAAUAACAUCAGCACUUGGACCAACUGUGUGGCACCUGUGGAUCUAUUCAGGCUCAGCAAAUGCUAAUUUCUUUUUUGGGGUAACUCUGUUUUUUGCAACUGCACAAAUUUUCCUCAUCACUGACAUGCUGUUUGCACAUAUCAAGAGAGACUUUACACUCAAAAAUGGUUCAUCUCGACAAAUUAAUGGAAAACCAGCAAAACUGGUUCUACGAUAACUCUUAUUUUGUGGAAAGUAACAAAUAUUUGUAUAAAUAGCAUUUAAUAUUUUUACUGAACAAAGUAUUUAAGAAUUCCAGCGUGGUUAUAGAGAUUUAAUUUAUAGCAAAUAUAUAACUUAUUACAAUUUAGUAUAAUAAUACUGAGUGUUAUGAUUUUUGAAAAGUAACAAAUCUUAGUGAUAAUAUACUGUUAACUUUAGUUGUAGUUUUAUUCAAUGAAGUAAGCAACUAAUGAAAUCACAACUAUUAUAAUUGUAUGUAUGUAAAUAUUUACGUAUUUACGUGGCGGUAACUAGUGUUGGAGGUUAGAUCACUAUCAAUAGAUCAACAAUUUUCAAAGUAAUACAGGCAUUGCCAGUAUACCAUUAUGGCUGCUUUCGGGAAUAUGAAUGUAAAAAUCCUACAUCUAUAAAUGCUGGCUGCCAAUAUGUGAUGCAAGUUUACAUAAGUUAUUGUAAGGUAUUUUUACUUGACUAAAUUAUGUGUAAAUAUUGGGUAUUUUAUACAAAAAUAAAAGGUGCAUUUGUAUAUUAUUACCCACUUUGUGGCGUGCGAUAGGCCGACAGCAGCGCGGUUUUAUCAAUGCACUGUCAACUUAUAGCUAGGGAUCUGUAUUUAUAUAUUUCACGUAUUUAACAUAACUGUCAUGAUGAUAUUUUUAUUGCUGCAUUAAAAAUACGUUAAAAAAACACUUCCAUUGAUGAGCUAAUCGUAAACUGCGAUUUAAAUAUUAUCAUAAUGUACUUAUGUAAAGAAUAUCAUCUCACUAGAGUUUCGAGAAGCGACUCAUUAUAAAGUCACAGUAAAAUGGACCUAGCCUUCAUCUUUCUAUAGUCGUAUAUUUUGUUCAUUUACCUUUUCAUAAUCUUUAAAGUAUAAGUAGGUAUCUACUAUAUACAUUUUCGUACAAAAUUUAGUUUAUUAUGUUGUAAUUUUGUGUUAUUUCACUUAAAAUACUUAUAGCAUUGUAAUUAAACAUAUGGCGUUAUUUAUACAUAAUAAAUCAAGUCAUAUGUUUACUACUAAAAGUAUUUCACCAUUACAAUUUUAUUUAUCAUAAUAAAUGCAUUUGGAGUAAGAGGUUGUGACUUAUAAGUUUAUAAUUUUCCAUAAAAACUACUAAUUCCGUAUGAUAUUAGAUAGGUACAUUCAGAUUGAUAUGGAUUUUUAAUUGUAUAUCGUUGGAAUAUAUUGGAAUAUUUUACGUAUUGUAACUGUAAUACUUGUAAAUUUGUCUUGCACAUUAUUAUUAUACCAAGUACCUAAUCAGUGCAAUAUGUGCACUUGAUCUCUGUAACCACUUAAGCAUACCAAAUUAUAUUUUAUUUUAACUAAUGGUUUAUACUAAGUUAUGAAAGGUGAUAUGAUGGAUAUGAAGAAAGGUUGACUGUACCAUAGUGGAGUUUAAGUUUUGAAUGAAGUAAAAUGAACUUGCUGAUUUAUUGAUGUCAAUAAAAUGUUUUAUUUUAAGUUUG